GGGUUGCACCUACUAAAAUAUGCUAUAUCCUUUCUGCCCAAAUAUAGGAUUAACAUUAAUAAUUCAUUUAUUUUCAUAUUUUUUGGCACCCCAAAAAUCUCCAAGGGACAAACAUGACUUUAGCACAUAGUAAUGGGAAACCCUACAAGCAAGCCCAUGUUAUCUUGUUCUUUUCUUUCAUUAUGCUUUUUUUUUUUUUUUUUGGUACUCACUUUCUUAUUUAAAAGAUGAAGCAAGCAAACAGAAUCCCCUCUUUUGAUCUUGGAUUCAUUCUUCAUCAAACCACUGAUCUUCUUGUCUUGGAAAUCUUAGAUCUGCUUUUAUAUAUCAAGGUGUUGGUGGAAACUCAUCACCUAUCUUAAGCAGGGCCACAAAGAAGGUGUAUAAAUUCAAGAACAGAAGAGCCAAUUAGAGAGAGUUGAACAAGGUGGAUCGAAGGCAAGGGAAGAGGUCUCUUCCUUCUGAUCAUGCAUCAGAAGAGAAAAAAGAAAUUUUCAACUUUACUAUUCAUCCAACACCAUCUCAAAAUGCACAAUCUUGUGCAUCACCCUUUUCACAUCUUAUGAGCACCAACAAUAGCUCUCUCUUCCCAGUCUCACCUGGGCAAAUAAACACUUCCCAAUUUAUUAAUAGCCAAGAUCCACCUCAGCCUAUACAUCAAGGUAAACUAUUAUUACCAGGUAACAAUGAAAGGAAAAAACACUAUAGAGGAGUUAGACAAAGACCAUGGGGCAAAUGGGCAGCAGAAAUAAGAGACCCUAAAAAAGCGGCAAGAGUGUGGCUUGGCACGUUUGACACGGCAGAAGCUGCAGCUGCUGCUUAUGAUGCGGCUGCAUUGAAGUUCAAAGGAAACAAAGCCAAGCUCAAUUUUCCUGAACUCGCAGCUUUACCAACGGAUUCAUCAACCGCUAUUAAUGCUUCUGUUUCUUCACAAUCUGCUUCUCUUCCACCGCAUGUUGGUGAUCAAAGUCAACAACCUGCUACUCUUCCAAUGCCAUUGUCAGAAGAAGGGUUCCCAAACCUGAUGCAGUAUGCACAAGUGCUGUGUAGUAGGGAUGAUGAUGAUCUUCAACGUGCUGCUUCGGGUCUUUACUAUCAUCAUCAUCAUCACAAUGAGCCCUUUCUUUAUGGGUCCUCACAACCACCUUUUUUCUUGUCUUCAUCGUCAUCAGCGAUGCCAAUGUCAACCUCUAAGACUGUUGUGCCUGAUGAUCAAUGGGUUGAUGGAGGUCAUGAUUCUUCUUGGGUUUUUGAUCAAGGGGGCAGUGGUUUUGAUGAGAGUAAUAGGAGGGGAUCAUAGUUUUCAUCUCUGAAUUCUGAGCACUUGCAUGCAGUUGAGAAGCAGGCUAGUAUUUUGCCAUUCUUGGAUGUUCAAAUCACCCGUCUUUUUUUUUUAAAAUUAUAUUUAUCCAAUUAAAGAGUAAUACCUCAG